UUUCCGCAACCACCAUGUCAGAAUACCGGGCCGGCCGCUCAGCUGUUCUUUCCUGCCGGACCUUAGCUGUUCCUCGGCCCAGCGCUGCACAGUCUUCCCGCCCCACACAUGACAGGUCCCAGAAGACGCCGGACCAAUCACAAAGCGCAGCGCUUCUCUCGCAUGCGCACUGGGCACCCGGCUGUCAGCCGUGUGCCCACACUAAAAGAUGGACAACUCUGCGGAAGUGGGUACGCAGUCCCUGGUCAUCCCCUGUACUGUCCGCAGUCUCUGGUCAUCCCCUGUACUGUCCGCAGUCUCUGGUCAUCCCCUGCACUGUCCGCAGUCUCUGGUCAUCUCCUGUACUAUGUCUGCAGUUUCUGGUCAUCCCCUGCACUGUGUCUGCAGUCUCUGGUCAUCUCCUGUACUAUGUCCGCAGUCUCUGGUCAUCUCCUGUACUGUGUCUGCAGUCUCUGGUCAUCUCCUGUACUAUGUCCGCAGUCUCUGGUCAUCUCCUGUACUGUGUCCGCAGUCUCUGGUCAUCUCCUGUACUGUGUCCGCAGUCUCUGGUCAUCUCCUGUACUAUGUCCGCAGUCUCUGGUCAUCUCCUGUACUAUGUCCGCAGUCUCUGGUCAUCUCCUGUACUAUGUCCACAG